GCGGUGGGGGACUGCCCGCGGGGCUGCGGGUGUCGGCGGGGAAAGUCGCCUGGGGCCGAGCUUUGCGGCGCGCGCGCGCGCUCUGUCCUGAGACCGAGUCCGGAGCGCAUUGGAGGCUCGGAGAGGUGCAAAUGCUUCCUUAGGGUAUGUUCGGAAGGUCUGGCGGACUCAUCUCAGCGUUUACGCAAACGAUUGAUAGUGCUCUGCCUCCGAGCGCACGGACCCUGACAUCGGAGCCUUCGAAUCUCUGAAAAAGCAGUAACUCUCCAGAUGUCUUCGAAUAAUGACCACGUUUUCAUCCCAAUGUCACAAAGAGACACCAGUGGGCCCCCUGGGACAACCUCCAACGACCUGAAGAUGGUUACUGAAGGAGCCGUGUUAAGUUUUCAUAACAUCUGCUAUCGAGUGAAAGUGAAGAGUGGCUUUCCACUUGGUCGAAAAACAGUAGAGAAAGAAAUACUAAUGAAUAUCAAUGGGAUCAUGAGACCUGGCCUCAACGCCAUUCUGGGACCCACAGGUGGAGGCAAAUCUUCGUUGUUAGAUAUCUUAGCUGCAAGGAAAGAUCCACGAGGAUUAUCUGGAGAUGUUUUGAUAAAUGGAGCACCUCGACCUGCCAAUUUCAAAUGUAACUCAGGUUAUGUGGUACAAGAUGAUGUCGUGAUGGGAACUCUGACAGUGAGAGAAAAUUUACAGUUCUCAGCAGCUCUUCGGCUUCCAACAACUAUGACGCAACAUGAAAAAAAUGAACGAAUUAACACAGUCAUUCAAGAGUUAGGUCUGGCUAAAGUGGCAGAUUCCAAGGUUGGAACUCAGUUUAUCCGUGGUGUGUCUGGGGGAGAAAGAAAAAGGACUAGUAUUGGAAUGGAGCUUAUUAUCGAUCCAUCCAUCUUGUUCCUGGAUGAGCCCACAACAGGCCUAGACUCAAGCACAGCAAAUGCUGUCCUUUUGCUCCUGAAGAGGAUGUCUAAACAGGGCCGAACCAUCAUCUUCUCCAUUCAUCAGCCUCGUUAUUCCAUCUUCAAGUUGUUUGAUAGCCUCACCUUAUUGGCCUCAGGAAGACUAAUGUUCCAUGGGCUUGCUCAGGAGGCCUUGGGGUACUUUGCAUCCACUGGUCACCACUGUGAGCCCUAUAACAACCCUGCAGACUUCUUCCUGGAUGUGAUUAAUGGAGACUCCUCUGCUGUGGUAUUAAGCGAAGAGGACGAAGAUGGUGAAGGCAAGGAGACCGAAAAGCCUUCCAAGAGAGAUAAGCCACUCAUAGAAAAAUUAGCCGAAUUUUAUGUCAUCUCCGCCUUCUUCAGAGAAACGAAAGUUGAGUUAGAUCAACUCUCAGAGGUGCAGAAAAAGAAUAAGAACGUAGCCUUCAAGGAGAUCACCUAUGCCACCUCCUUCUGUCAUCAACUCAGGUGGAUUUCCAGACGUUCCUUCAAAAACUUACUGGGUAAUCCCCAGGCCUCUAUAGCUCAGAUCAUUGUAACAAUUUUCCUGGGACUGGUUAUAGGUGCCAUUUUCUAUGAUCUAAAAAGUGACGCUAUGGGAAUUCAGAAUAGAGCUGGGGUGCUUUUCUUCCUGACGACCAACCAGUGUUUCAGCAGUAUAUCAUCCGUAGAGCUCUUUGUGGUCGAGAAGAAGCUCUUUAUACAUGAAUAUAUCAGUGGAUACUACAGAGUGUCAUCUUAUUUCUUUGGGAAACUGUUCUCUGAUUUACUGUUCUUGAGGAUGUUACCAAGUAUUAUAUUUACUUGUAUAACAUACUUCUUGUUAGGUAAGAUGAAUUUUUUUGGAGCUUUUUUCAUCAUGAUGCUUACUCUUAUGAUGGUGGCUUAUUCAGCCAGUUCUAUGGCACUGGCCAUAGCAGCAGGUCAGAGUGUGGUAUCCAUAGCAACACUUCUCAUGACCAUCUCUUUUGUGUUUAUGAUGAUUUUUUCAGGGCUGUUGGUCAAUCUCACAACCAUCAUGCCUUGGCUCUCAUGGCUUCAGUACCUCAGCAUUCCUCGAUACGGCUAUGCGGCUUUGCAGCAUAAUGAAUUUUUGGGACAAAACUUCUGCCCAGGACUCAAUAUAACAGCAAACAACACCUGUAGCGCCGCAACAUGUACUGGAGAAGAAUUCUUGAUAAAGCAGGGCAUCGAUAUCUCGCCUUGGGGCCUGUGGAAGAAUCACGUGGCUUUGGCAUGCAUGACUGUUAUCUUCCUUACAAUUGCCUACCUAAAAUUGUUGUUUCUUAAAAAGUUUUCUUAAGUUCCUCUCUAAUUUACCUGAUCUGUCUACAUAUAAAAAGGGAGCACUUUAAGUAUUCAGUGAAGUAUUUUGUUGUCUUCUUUUCGUCUGCCAUCAGAUGUGCAGCCAGAAUUAUUUUGUACAGAAACUUUCAUAGAAAUCACAAUGCACUGAAUUAUGCAUGAAGCAUCUAAGUCAUAAAUUAGUGGUAUUAUGUACUGCUUAUUAACCAUGGAGGAGAAAUCUAGUUUAAUUGAUUUACCUAAAAAAUAAUUGAAUUCUAGAAACUUGUGACAAGUUACUAAUAAUCUCUGGUAGCAGUUUCCUCAUCUCUGAAAUGAAUAGUUGCUCUCCAGCUUCAA